AUGGUGUUCAGAAAAAGACACGCUGCUAGCGCGGGUGAUGAAGAAAGGGUGAACAAGAAAUCGAAAGUAAAGAGUGAGCCUGUGGAAGAAGCGAAGGACAUACACGAAGAUGCAGACACAAAUGGCCAGAUAAAUAUUGAAGAUGACGAUGAGGAAGAGGAGGAAGAAGAGGAAGAAGAAGAAGAGGAGGAGGAAGAAGAUGAAGAUGACGAACAGGAGGAAGAAGUAGCUGCUAAUGACGUGGAAGAUGAGGAAGAAGAAGAAGAAGAGGAAGAAGACGAGGAGGAGGAGGAAGAAGAAGCAGCGGAAGAAGAGGAAGAAGAGGAGGAAGAGGACGAUGAGGAUGAAGAUAACGAUGUUCCGAAUGGCGCUGGUGCUGGUGAACCUAAAACCGAGAGUGAAAAGACCAAAGACGAGGUCAAGAGUGAGGUGGCUGAUGUGAAAGCUGAGAUCAAGCUGGAGGACGAGAGCAAAUGGCUGGACAAGAACAAGGACAAGGAAAAAGACAAGGAAGACGAAGGUGAAGACGAGGAGGAAGAUGAAGAUGACGAUGAAGCCGAAGAAGAAAGAAAAAGAAUAACUACGUUCAAUUUCGAUGGCGUGGACUAUUCCUUCAAGGAAAGACCAUCUGUGAUCGAAGAGAAGGAAGGAAAGAUUGAAUUCAGAGUAGUUAACAACGACAACACGAGGGAAAGUCUCAUGGUGUUGACUGGAUUGAAGAACAUUUUCCAAAAGCAGCUUCCAAAGAUGCCUCGAGAGUAUAUUUCUAGAUUGGUGUACGACAGAUCACAUUUGUCAAUGGCAGUUGUUCGUAAGCCUUUGACCGUGGUUGGUGGAAUAACAUACAGACCGUUUAAUAACCGAGAGUUUGCAGAAAUUGUGUUCUGUGCCAUUUCUUCUACAGAACAAGUUCGUGGGUAUGGUGCACAUUUGAUGAACCAUUUAAAGGAUUACGUUAGAGCUACGUCUCCGAUAAAGUACUUCUUGACUUAUGCCGAUAACUAUGCCAUUGGUUACUUCAAGAAACAGGGUUUCACCAAGGAGAUUAGUUUGGAUAAAUCUGUAUGGAUGGGUUAUAUCAAGGAUUAUGAAGGGGGUACUCUUAUGCAGUGCUCGAUGCUUCCUUCUAUACUAAGAUAUUUGGAUCUGUCUAAGAUAUUGUUGCUUCAGAAGGCCGCAAUCGAGAAGAAGAUUAAGCAAAGAUCAAAGUCUCAUGUGGUGCGGUCUGGUCUCCAAAUUUUCAAAACCAAUAAGAACAUAUCGCUAAACCCUUUAAAGGAUAUUCCUGGGUUGGCUGCCAGUGGUUGGUCUGAUGAAAUGGACAAAUUGGCCCAGAAGCCCAAAAGAGGACCUCACUACAAUUUCAUGGUCACUUUACUUUCAGAGCUCACCAACCAUCCUUCAGCUUGGCCCUUCGCUACUCCUGUGAACAAAGAAGAAGUUGGAGAUUACUACGAGGUGAUCAAGGAACCAAUGGACUUGUCUACAAUGGAGCUGAAGCUAGAGAACGACAAGUAUGAAUCCUUUGACCAAUUUUUGUAUGAUGCCAGGUUGAUCUUCAAUAAUUGUAGAGCUUAUAAUGCUGAAACUACAACUUAUUAUAAGAAUGCAACAAAAUUGGAGAAAUUUAUGAACAACAAGAUAAAGGAUAGCGCUGAGUACGCACAAUUCUUAGAGUAA